AUGAAGUACGACAUGAACCUCCCAGCUUCUGCUUCCAGCGCAGAGGUUCACGAGGCAUGCCUCACCAAUAUCAGGUUCUGGAGUACGACCGAGGUGCUGUUGUCACGAUGGUUCCAUUGGCACGUGGCGUUUCGAAAAUUCGCCAGAGCCUGGACCUUCUUAAGGAAGCUCCACACUUGGCGACAAAGCCUUCAGGGUGAGAGCGGCGAACAGGACGUGGCAUGCAAGCUGCCAAGUGCUCUGCUUGACAUUGCCUUAGAACUCUGCCAAGAACACUCGCUUGAGGAGUCAGCAGCGGAUCCUCCACGCGUAAACUUGGCCGACAGCGAGAGCAUCAAGCAAGACUUGUUGCAAAAGUUGGCUGACCUCCAGAGCAGGAAAGGCUACAUGGACGUCACGGCAGAUGUUCUCAGGGAGACCGGCGUGAAGGACUUGGCUUGGCAGAUAUAUUUCGUCCAGAAGCCGCGCUACCUGAGCCACCUCAAGAUCAUGGAGUGCAUGAAGACUCGCCAGGACAACCUGCAAAUGCAAGCAUCCUGGAGCAAUCGCGGCUGGGCGGAUGAGGUGUUAGCCACUUUGGAACUCCUGGAAGACCCCGAGGUGUUUGUCCGUUUGCGCAUCGACUCUGGAGAAACUUCAAGCACUGCUGGUGCAGAGGCAUUGGCUGAUCUGUUCGUGCGUAUGGUGGUCAUGCAGGCCUCACAGCGAUGUUGGUCGAUGAGCGUUUGGUCUGAAGUGCCACCGUUGCAGUGGGCUGGCAUCUUGGACAGCGAUGAGGAGGCUGCUGAAAAAGCCUUUGCUCAGAUGCGCAAGGAUGCCGAGGUGGUGCAGGCAGCCCUACGAGCAGCCAGAGACAGUGCAGGGGAUCGGGAGGCUGUGCACGCUGUGCUGUCAGAGCUGUGGGUGCACAAGCAACUCGCCGUGCAGGAGCUCUGGCACCACGGACAGUCGAAGAAGUGGGACAUUCGCUCAGUCUGGAGCCAUGUCUACUCUCUCUUCGAUGGGCCAGUCAGCACCAAAGAAUGCCUGGAAGACGUGUUUUCAGAGCUGAGUCACAUGUCCAAAAGCUUGCAUAAAGACGCUGGAAGGGCCUCGCCUGAAAGGCUGUUCACUCACAGCCUCUUGGCAAACCGCCUUGAUGAGGAAGCGUGGCCCAGAGCGGCGCUGGAGCAGAGUGAUAUGACAUCAAAGUCUUUCCAGACGUACAAGAAGACCCGGCAAGUUUUCAUCCCCAGGAAAACAAGCCAGACGGAAACUGGACAGAAGAUGCUGGAGCUGGCAGGAGAGAAAGUCAGGUCGUGGAAAGCUGCCGGACAGCCGGCAGACUUUCGUUCCGUCGCUGCCAUGAUCAUGCUGCGAAGCCAGCAUCAGCAGGGUGCAGACUUUGGGGACCUUGGAGGCUUAUGGCCGUCGGUCUUGGUGCAGCUGGGGCAAAUUGUGCUCCAGAAGAAGAGCGGCACCUUCCACCUUUCGCUAGGAUGCCACUACAAUGCCAUCUACUUGUGGGAGGUCUCCACGAGCAAUGACGUCUUCGUUCUGAGCGGUCGCAAGGAUGCCAUUCAGCAGCUGCAGGCAUCAACAAUUGGGUACGUGGCGGGCACAAAAGAUGACGAGAAGAACGAGGAGCUCGCGGUGGUUCCGACUUGCGUGUGCCUGCCAUCCGAUGUUGCUGCUCAGGGACCAGGCACCAAGGCCAUCGGUUUGAGACGAAAUGGCGACAACGUGGGCCUGGUGCGGUACAUGCUGAAGUAUGGGAUGGCAUUGCUGCAGCACUUCUUUGCGGAUGUGGAAGAUGAAGAGCGUGUGCGAAUGGCACAGAGAUUGCUGGGGAAGCUGAAAGCACCAGCAAGUCCUGGAGAUUUCACUCAGUUGAAAUCGUUGCUUCCGUGCUUACGCUUACUUGCCGAGGAACCGGAUGCCAAAGCUUUCGAGGAUUUGAGCGUGCAGGUUGAGGAUCAUCAUCGACAAGAGGCCAUCGUCAAGCGAUUCGGUCUCAGUCGAGCCGCGGCAGAGAAUGCCACGCCAGUGGCAAUAAAGCUGCUGAAGCCCAAAGUCAAAGGGUGCACCAUCGUCUGGCAGGCGACGGAAACUACGUUUUCCGGGUCAUACCCGAAGCCCAUCAAGCUUACGAAGACUGGCAAGCAGAGUAAGGCCAAGGCUCAAGAGCAUGGUACACGGCGAAGCUACGGUGGUGGCAAAUGGACCCAGCUGCAAGCGUUGCUCAAAGUGGUCAAUCGCCUGUGGGAACUUCACAAGACGUAUGGUGGGGACUGCAGUGAUCAGACCUCUCGCGAUGCUGUUCAGAAGGCGCUGGCGGACGCUGUCCAAGAGAUGGACGGCGAACCUGCGCCAGAUGUGCCCCCGGACGGGCCGCAUCCAGCAGAGGAGAUGGACGGCGAAGCUGCUGCUGCCGACGCAGCUCCAGGAGCCAUGGACAACCCGGCAGAAGUGUUACCAAGCGAUCCGAACAUGGACGGCUUCAUGUUUGAUCCCAAUGAUCCCACGGAGAUGGUUCCUGAAGGUGAUGGUGAAGGAAAUGCUGGCGUGGAGGCUGCCUCUGCGUUUUUGAACACGAAGAUGAACGAGGUGCCGCUAUGCAAGCAAGUUUGUGAUAAGACCCCGAACUCAGAUAGCCCAGUCUGGUCAGAGUACACGCGCCAGAAUGAUGAGGAGAGAGGUAUGCGUUAUUCGGUUGUCCGCAUCACAAAGCACAUGGCUGGUUGGAAGCAGUGCGUCGCCGCCUGCACGGAGAAAGUUGCUGAGUUCAAGAAGGACAUCGUUCAAAGUGUCUCAGAAGCUGCGCGGUCGGCGGAGGAGAUGACCGAGCUGUCCAAGAUCGUUCAGAAGGCUUCGGAGGAUCUCAGCUCCGUUUCCCUCGCCGAGCUUCAGUCGGAACGCUUCGCGGACGCGGAGAAGGCUUCGAUGAAAGCGCUGAACAGUACCACCAAGGAGCUGUCGGCGCGCCUCUUGGCGAGCAAGGGCUCGCAACAGCAGGCACUCAAGAAGCUGCAGACUCGACUGUCGAGCAUCUCCAAGGACAUCGUAAGUGCCCGAGAAGUGCUGGCAAAGAGGGCGAAGCUCGUUGAGGGCAAAGAGCUGCUCCAGAGCGAGGAGAAGCGCUUGAAAGGCCUCGAGGAAGCGAUGGCCUCCGCCCAGGCCGUUGCCUCCUUGGAGGAGGUCACGAGCGGAGAACUCGACGACGAGAAGGUGGAGGAGCUGAACACGGUGCUCACCAAAGCUAAGGAUGCCCUGAAGGCAUCGGUCAACUUCGCAGCCCGGCGGCGGAGUGCAGCGGACGGGCCGCUGAAGGCAGCGCUGCAAUCUCUUGGUGAGCGAACGGCACAAGCGCAGUCUCAGCUCAAUGCGAUGUUGGCGGCUUCGAAGGCACAGCGCGGCCGAAUCCAGGCGGCGGUGAAGAUGCGUGAGGUGAAGGGCAAGGCAGACCUGGUUGAGCAGCUUCUGGACAAGGUCAACGAGACUGAGUUGCCUUUCCUGAAGGGCAUGGAGAUCCUCCCUGCAGACGAGGUUGCCGAGACUGUGGGCGCCGCUGAAAACGCUGCCGAAAAGUUGGAGGACCUCAAGGCGAGCCUGUCGGCGGACGCCCUGAAGAGCUUCAUGAAGGAUGUGACCGAGCAGUCGGCGCGUGUGAACGCAGCGGCAGCGCAGCUUCUUCAGUUCCGGAAGGAUUCGCGCGGCGUGGAGUUUUCCGACUUUAUGAGCGUGUAG